AUGGUCAGCUACUACUGGCAGUGGUCUGACCAUGGACCAAGCCACCUCAACGUUGUUGCAGUCUUUAUUGGCAUCGUAUCAGGUCUCCUUGCCCACCACGGCCUGUUCGUACGGGGGAAUGGCACGUUCGAACCUCCUGGACUUUUCAUGACUUAUGCCUCACUUCUUAGCGGCCCACUGUGGGCCGCGGGACUGUUCUCAACCUUGUCUUAUAUCACCUCACUCUUGGUCAGCAUAAUCACAUACCGUAUCUGGUUCCACGCUCUAACGAGAGCUGGAUUCAAGGGACCUCUGUUGCGAACUUCAAAGAUCUGGCAUGUUUGGGCUUGCAGAGAUCACACGAACCACCUUUUUCUAGACCAGUUGAACAAAAAGUAUGGCGAUUUUGUACGAACAGGGCCUUCUGAGAUCACCAUAUAUCAUCCAGAAGUCUUCAUUGCUACUGAUGGCCCAAGGACAACUUGUGUGAAGUCUGACUGGUACGAUCUCCUUUGGCCUGAGAGUUCCCUCCUCACCACCAGGGAUCGUGCCGUAUAUGAUGCUCGUCGUCGGGAUUGGAAAUUGGGAUUCAGUCCUCAAGGUCUCCUCGACAAAGCUAUCGAAGCCGACGUCAGGGCCGGUCGGCCCUCCAACAUGCGGAAUUAUUUCUACUGGCUUGGCUUUGACUUCAUGGGCGACUUUGUCAUGAGCAGUCCUUUAACAUGCUCAACAACCACGAGUGGCACCAUAUGGUCGUCCGUUUGCAAAGAGCAUUGUCACCUCUCGAUGGUGAAUCCUGCGCCCUGGCUGAUACAGAUUGCAUUCCGUGUGGCCCCACGUGUAUACGAGAUUGGUGACUGGUUCCAGAUGACCACUUGGACACACCAGCAGAUCCGCCGUCGCCUGGAAGAUGGCUUCGAGAAGACUGGAGUUCCAGACUUGGUGCACUAUCUACUUGAGCAGAAAGGAGAACCGCGGACAACUGAGAGCAUGCUCAGGAUGCGUGGAGAUAGCCUCAAUGCUAUGGUGGCCGGAAACGAGCCAAUCCCUGCCGUUCUUAUCGGAAAUUUCUCUGAGCUGUUCAGCGAAGGCCUUCGACUGUAUCCAGUUCUGCCAACCGGAGGCUCUCGGCAGACAGUGGAGGAGGGUGUAACUAUUGGCGGGGUCUAUAUUCCUCCAUAUACAAAGAUUGUCAGCCCGCGCUUUUCCAUCCAAAGACGAGAGGACUGCUUUGAGAUGGGCAACGACUUUGUACCUGAGCGAUGGACCACGCACCGGGAGAUGAUUCGCAACGCUGCGGCGUUCAGCCCGUGGGGCGAAAGUCAUCAUAGCUGCAUUGCUCGAGCCAUGGCACAUGAUAUGCUUAGGAUCGUGACUUUCCAGCUCGUCAAAAAAUACAGAUUCCGAAUGGCGCCGGAUGAGAUACCAGGUAGCGCGCCGAAGGACAUGAAAGACCAGCUAGCUCCACAGCCUGGGAACCUUUCACUGUGUUUCGAGCUCAGGUGA